GCGCCCUCCAAGGCCGCUGCAGCGGACUCAGCCGUGCCAUGGCCGGUGCUGGCCGGAAACGGGGACGGGUGGGACGGGCAGGCCGGGCCAGGCCAGCGCAGCACAGCACGGCUCGGUUUCUCCCCGCGGGUCCCGUUGCAGCCUCGCAGGCGGGCCCCGCUCUCUGAGGAGACCCGGACAGGUCGGUAGUGGGGGCUGCGCUGAGAACCGCGGGGCGAUCGGGGAAUCCCCGGGCGGCAGGCCGCUCCCCGAAGCACUCUGCUGCAGUGGAGCAGGUACUGACCGAUCUCCCUAAAACCGCGGGAGGGAAGGCAGAGGGGAAACCGGCCAAGCGACCUUGGUCAGCGGCUGGCAGGGCCCAGCUGGCACCUCCCGCCUUGGUAGCUAAACCGCUUUCAGCCCUGCUUACUGCAUCCACAGCAUUCGGAGUUCUAAUUAGAUACAUUCGGUAUCUAAUUGUACCUUCAUCGGUACAAUGGUCCAGGGCAAUUGCUUUGAAGUCACUGUGUGGGGCUAACAGGUGAGUUUGUGUCUUACAUUAAGGGGAACAUCAGGCAGCGUCAAACCCAUCGAGACGCAGAAGCUGCCAGGAACUUCAGUGUUGAUGCAGAGAGAAGCUGGCUGACUCCACGAACACUCCCACAGAAAAUCAAGUAAGAAACAGCUCUGUUCAAGGAAGAGCUGCUCACUUGUAUUGUCUUUCACUCAAGCUGCCUCAGGCUUUCAUAGAAGACUUGUGACUUUGCAGUUUCCCAGAGUUCUGCUUGCAAAGUGGUGGCAGACCUGGAGCAGCCUCCAGGAACCCCCACUGCGACCCUCUUGUUACCCUCUUUGCAGAGCCACGUCUAAACGAACCUGCAGGACCAUUCUGCCAGCCAACAGGCAUAGGAGUGCUCAGCAGAUGGCAGAAAGAGCAUACUAUAUUCUCGCGAGAGGUACUGGCAAAGCCUCUCAGGACAGCUGGAGAUAUAUCAACCCUUUUUCUCCUCCUGCUCAGCCGAGUCAUCCCAGCAUGUGACCGAGUAACCAGCUCCUUCUCUCACCUGGUGAAGUCCAGCACUGUCCCUUAGGACACAGCAUGUGCAUUCCUGAGCUGUGGGUCCCACUACAAGCCUAAGAAGCCCUGUAAGCAGAGUCCAGAAGCUUAGAUGUUUUGUGUGACAUGGAGUUGGAAGAUUUUGUGAAGCUGUCCAAGAAAUCACUGUACACGUUCACAUCCACUGGCCUGCCUAGCCUUCUGGCCUACAGACCUGAAUCAUUACGAGAAAUCUUACAGGCUGAGAUAGAGGAGGACUUUGCUCCAAGAUGUGAGUACUGUGGCAGCCUGCUGAAGCCAUUCCCUUCCUUUGAAGACAUUUGCCCACUGUCACAGGAUUAUGAAUCAAAGUUUUGCUGUGAACAUAAUCAAGACCUCUAUGAGUUCAUCGUGAAUGAGAGGAAGAUCUACAGAGGCACCUGGAACAUUCUCACAGAUGUUGGCCCCCAGAAGACCCAUGAGGGGAACACCCACAAAGGUGCCUGGAACAUUCCCAUUGAUAUUGGCCAGAGGAAGACCCAUGAAGGCAUCUGGAGUGUUCCCAUUGAUGUUAGCACCCAAGAGUCCCAUGAGGGGAAGACCCAUGAAGAUGAUGGGAGCAUUCCUAUUGAUGUUGGUUCCCAUGAGUCCCAUGAGGGGAAGACCGAUGAAUGUGCCAGGAGCAUUCCCACUGAUGCCAUCUCCAAUGAGUCCCAUGGCACUGAAGUCAACAGGCUGCUGUCAGAGGAGAGGGUGUAUGAGAGGCAGCUGGAGAGACAAUCAACCAGACAGUUAUUUUUGCAGACAACACAGGCAGCACUUGCAGCUAAACGUUUAAAUGAACCUGGCACAAUUUUCUACCAGCUUUCCCUGGAGCCCCCAUCACCAAACAGUUGGACACUGAUGCCUGCUGAGAGAGCAGCAGAGCCCAAGGAGGAGCCCAUCUCCUACAGCAUCACCUGCUGUGAUUUUACCUCUGUUGGUGGAAAGGUAGUGAAGAAUGAAUUGCUGGAAAAAUACUACAAACAUGGGGGGAAAUUCCUUACCAUGCUUCCAGAUGGAACAGUGCAGUUAUUCUAUCCAUCUGGAAAUCUGGCAAUCAUUGUUGUACAGCAGAAAAAAUGUCGUGUUUGCAUAGUACAAGAAGACAAGCCAAGUUACGCUGAAAUACAAGCAAUAUUUAAGUCUGAUGGCAGAAGUACUUGCUAUUACCCAAAUGGAACUGUGUGGAUAUACAUGAGCAUUCAGGGAGGGCAGUAUUUGGACCAAGCAGGCAGCAGGGUGAGGAGGUGGACAUGGCCAAACAGCAUCAUGUCACCAGGACCCCAUGUCCCACUGAAACCCAUCUUCAUCUCCCUCAACCGGCACGUGGGGGUCAGGAUCCUGGGCCAGGAUAAGAUCGCUGUUUCCUUCCUUGCCAUGGGGCAACAAGCAAAAUUCAACGUGGGAACCAAAGCGCAGGUCAGCCAUGUCAGCCAGCUGCCUCCCCCUGCCCUGCUGAGUGAAGAUGAGCUCCUGCUACUUGCCUUCAGGGUGAGGAUCCUGCAGCUCUUCGACAGACUGCGUGGGUGCUUAAACUUUCCUUCUAGUGAGCAAUGGGACAAACUGAAGCCUCCAGCAUACCUUAUCACACAGACUUUGAAGAUCUUACAGCUUUGCACAAGUUCUGACAUAAGUGAUGAGCUACGCAGCUCAGUCAGGGCAAUAAUAAAUGCUGAAGUCUAA